UACCAGACCAAGUUAUCGAUAUUUUACCACAGCUUGAAGAAACAGCUUUAAAUGAAAUCGAUCAACUUAUCAGAAGUUUGGAUAAACCAAUUAAUAACUCGAUUCCUAUCUUAGAAGAAGAAUUAAAUGAACAAAAUCCACUUGAACAACUUGGAAGGAAAAACUUAAUGAUAUUUUGGAAAAAACUUUUUACUCAUGUUAAGUCAAGAGAAAAUCAGAUCAAAACUCUUGAAGCUUACUAUUAUUUGAGAACUCUUAUUCAAGAAAAUGAAGCUAACCAGGAACAGAUUAAAGAACAAAUACAAGAAACCAAUGAUGCUCGCAAAGCUUAA